GGUGGCCAGAGGACUGCAGCUGGAAGAAGAGGGAGAUGCUGGAGGUGUUCUCUGCUGACUGCAUCCUGCAGACAACAGCAGGGACAGCAAGUGAGCCCAUGGGGCAAAAUGGUCAGAGAGCCACUAACAGAACCUGGGACGUGUGCUGUGCUGGAGAAGUGUUCCAGGACAGCCAGGAGGAGACAGAAGUGACGUAGGUGGAAGCCAGGACUUAUCUGCAUUGCUAAGACACGGGACACUGGUUUCUUUAUAUCAAGGAAAACCUAAAUUCCUCUUACUCUCGGAAUGGGGAAAGAUUAUUAUUCAAUUCUGGGAAUUGAAAAAGGGGCUUCUGAAGAAGAUAUCAAAAAGGCUUACAGAAAACAAGCCCUUAAAUGGCAUCCAGAUAAGAACAAAUCCCCCCACGCAGAAGAAAAAUUCAAAGAGGUUGCAGAAGCUUAUGAAGUACUGAGCGAUCCCAAAAAAAGAGACAUCUAUGAUCAGUUUGGGGAGGAAGGUUUGAAAGGAGGCGCUGGAGGACCUGAUGGACAAGGUGGCACCUUUCGGUACUCCUUCCAUGGUGACCCACAUGCUACGUUUGCAGCGUUUUUUGGUGGCACAAAUCCUUUUGAGAUUUUUUUUGGUAGAAGAAUGCCUGGUGGAAGAGACACUGAAGACAUGGAAGUGGAUGGUGAUCCGUUUGGAUCCUUCACCAGUUUUAGCAUGAAUGGAUUUCCAAGAGAAAGGAAUACAGUUGGUAGCCAACUCCGUCGCAAACAGGAUCCCCCUGUUAUCCAUGAACUUAAAGUAUCACUGGAAGAGAUAUAUCAUGGGUGCACCAAAAGAAUGAGGAUUUCCCGAAAAAGGCUUAACCCAGAUGGCAGAAGUGUCCGAACAGAGGACAAAAUUCUCACUAUAGAGAUCAAGAGAGGGUGGAAAGAAGGUACUAAAAUCACUUUCCCGAAAGAAGGUGAUGAAACACCCAGCACAAUCCCAGCUGACAUUGUUUUUGUCAUUAAAGAUAAACCUCACUCACACUUCAAGAGGGAUGGGUCAAAUAUUAUUUACCCUGUUAAGAUCAGCUUACGAGAGGCUUUAUGUGGCAGUUCAGUUAAUGUUCCAACAAUAGAAGGCAGAACCAUACCUAUGACAAUAAAUGAAGUUGUAAAGCCCGGUAUGAGAAGGCGAAUUAUAGGAUAUGGAUUACCAUUUCCCAAAAAUCCUGAUCAGCGUGGUGACUUAAUUAUAGAAUUUGAAGUUCUUUUUCCAGAUAACAUAUCUGCAGCAUCAAAAGAAGUACUCAGGAGAAAUCUCCCUGUUUCGUAAAGGAAAAGGACUGUGUUAACACUGUUUAUUCAGGACACUGAAAAUAUAGAAGACUGGCAAGUUCAUGCUGUAAAAGUGCAAUCUGUAAUAAUUUGUGGCAUAUUCAUUUUCUUUUUUGGGAUGGGGGGAGGGAGUACUGUAAUGCUGCAUGAGAAGAACCAGAUUAAAUAAAUACAGGUCAUGUAAGUGACUCCUGCAGUAAAACUUCCAGGGAAAACCACUCACUGCAUUUUAUUUUAGAUCUUCCUAAUCAUAAAGUUUUUCCAGUAUUUUGCUUAAUGUAUAACCAUUUUGCAAAGUCAGUGCUUAUAUUUCUCAUUAAGUACUUGGGUGCUCAAGUACUUUACUUCAUGUAUUUCUAGAGUAGCUACAUGACUUGACCCACUAAUGCUGGAAAUCAGAAUUCACAGUAAAAACACACAAUAUGCACCAGUGUUUAAAAAGAAGAUAAAACGUAAGACAUCAUUAGAUAUGCAGGUGCACAUGCUACCUUCCACUACUUAAAACGGAGACUUUGAAAAUCUGCUUGAAGCACCUAAGCAUUCUUGCUGCCACAGCCAGAUUUUGGGAAUGCCCAGCAGGAUUAAGGGAGGGCACAUGGCUUGGGAAAGAAGUAGAGGUUCAGCCACUUUCUGGCACGUUCCUGGUGGGUCCAGGCAGAUUUUUCGGUCCACUCAGGAGUUCUUACUAUACAGCAUUAGUGCUCCCUGCAGAUUAAUUUGAAUCCAGGAAUCAGUAGAGAUGGCAUGAUAAUUUGGCUAUAAAGGAAGCCAUGUGUUCACUGUAGAGAGAGAUGUUGAAGAACAUAAAGGCAGUUGGCCAACAUAGCAUGUCAAGAUCAUGCAGGUCUCAACAUCUAGGUUUCAAGGGAUGAAUCCUUCACCAGUCAUAGGAGAAGGGAUAAUACAAGAAACUCAGCUCCAAGCUUAACAUUUUUGAGGAAACUUGAUGCCUGAUCCAAAGUUUAUUUAAAUCAAUACAAGUCUUUUCACAACUUCAGAGAGAUUGGAUCAUCUGUUGUGCAUAGAAAUACAAGUUUCUAGCCCCUCGGAUUAAAAAAAUAUGGAAGUGAAGCAGAAAGCCCUCAGUUAUUAAGUCUAGUUUUAUAACACUGCAAUAGGGCUGGUUCCCUUGGUAGUAACAUGGAUUUAGUGAUAAUAUUGCCUGUUUUCAUUAUUUUAAAUUUAAAGAUGUGCUAUAGUGCUUUAACAGUAUUCUUUAGGGAAGAGUGUUUUUUUUCUUUAUAAGAAGAAAAUAUUACUUUCUAUCGUUCUUUUACCUGUGGAAAUUUACUAGUUGCCUGCUCUUCUGGGUAACUGUGAUAUAAAAGGGUGUUUAACAUCUUCAUAUGAAAGAUUUUCUGUAGCAAGUGGACUAUAUGUGAGUUGGGAUUAAUUUAGUUGUAACACCUUGUAAUGAGAACUAGUUCAGAAAGAAUUCCAGUAACAUACUUCUAGAAAUCCCCUGUGCUUGAGUCAAUUCUCCAAAUGCAGAUUCUCUUUCAAAUAGUGUUUAUGCCAUAAGUAGAAUAAAUCAUAUUCAUGUGUAGUCCUAAAUGAACACAGAACCAGAAUAGUAGCUGGAGUGGUACCACAAAGGGGAAAAAGUUGCUGCUUAAUGCUUAUGCAUAUUGUUAAUGUUAUAUAUUGUGUUUAUGCAUUUAAAAGACUCCCUGUUUCAGUAUGUUCUGUAUUGCAUUUCUAAUAUGUUUUUUAAUUAAAAAAAUGUAAAUUUU